CCAUGACGUCACUGUCUCAUCCUCUUAAAUGAAUCCCAGACCUAAACAAGGAUGUGGGUUUAAAUUGAACCUCCUGGGGAUUGUCUGCUGUCGAGGAGUCUCCUCCUGAGAAUAGGAUAAUAAUCAUUUCAAGACAUAUGAGGCUCAAGACUCUUAUCCAGAGAUGCUUCUGUUUCUAUCGCUGCUGAUCUCCAGUGUGCCACUAGGGGGCAACACCUCCCCAAUCACCUGCUACAACGACCAAGGAGAUGCAGUUGAUUGGUUUUAUUUGUAUAAGCUACCUAAGGAACAUGGCAAGAAAUCUCACGAACUGGGUGAUCUGUAUUUACUGAUGGACAAAGGGAGUGAAGGAUGGACUAAUGGGAGGGGAACAGUGAACGACACCACUGGAGCUCUGGGAAGGACUGUGGGACAACUGUACUCACAGGGAAAGAACACAGAGCUUGCGUACAUCCUCUACAAUGACCAGAGGCCUGCCCAGGACUUUGGUGACAGAUGGGUGCACAACAGUGGAAGCAGUAAGGGGCACACAAAAGGUGUCGUCCUGCUGGAUAAAAAUCAGGGCUUCUGGUUGGUCCACAGCACCCCUCACUUUCCCCCAGUGCAAAAGGAAGGACAGUUCUAUUACCCAGACAGCGGUGUGAUCAACGGACAAAACUUCAUCUGUGUUACCUACCCACUGGAGCGCUUCCAGACCAUCGGGGAGCAGCUUCAGAUCAAUCAGCCUAAUGUGUACGACUGUGACGUCCCGGAGUCCUUGGCGUCCCUGGUGCCUGCGUUGGCUGCCGUCUGUAAGAAGAAACUUCUGCCCGCUCACAUCUCUCCACACAUCAAACCUGUGGCCAAUCGCAGCGUGACUCUGACCUCAAAGGACGGCACCGACUUCAUCAACUUUGCCAAAGGGGCUGCUUUUGACAACGACCUGUACCACUCCUGGGUGGGCCCCACACUCCAGUCAGACCUCCUCGUCCAGUUCUGGGUUCGCUCCACAGGCAUCCUCCCUUCUGACUGCUCUCUGGGCUGGAAGGUCCUGGACAUCAAGCUCAUCAACCCGGGCCAGACGUUCACCUUCAAAACCAGCCAGGAUCACUCCAAGUGGGCCGUCAGCACCCAAGCUGCAGGAUCCGGCCCUGGUGGAGGCUGGGUGUGUGUGGGAGACAUAAACCGGAACGAGGCGGAGGAGAAGCGUGGAGGCGGUACAGUGUGUCUGCGGGAUCCUGUGGUGUGGAAGGCUUACCGGAGUGCGGCGCUGCAGUGUGAGGCUUGUGGAGGAGAGACGACACAGUGUUGACGCCCUGCUGGAGGAAGGUGGGUCAACAAGGCUUAGGACAAAGGCCGUCAUGGGUUACAAAGAGGGAGAUUAUAUCAGACAAGGAGGGUUUUUAUGACAUAUUUUUAAAAUUCUAGGUACAAUGUUUACAUGUCUCUUAAUGUGUGCUGAAAUCUAAUUUAAAUGAUCAUGUUUUGCACUUAAAAUACUCAAAUAUAGAAACAUCUCCAGUGAUAUAACUCAAAUCCUUAAUAGAAAACUCUGCAUUCAUGUGGGACCUCAUCACCCACAGUGAGAAGCUGAUCAGAAAUGAGAAAAUAUGUUUUUCAGGGGCCGUUGAGGCAGCGUUUUACUCGGUCAUUCACGAGUUUGGAGUGGUUAUUGGCAGCAACCAAGAGCUGUUACAUCCUCCUCUUCAAACUGAAUCCACACAGAGCAACACUGGAAGAGCAGAAACUGACAAGAGGGAGAGUGCUUAAUGCUGACACACAGCGUUCACUCUGAACAACACCAAAACCACAAAGUGUCUCUUCUAAUGAAAGCUUCUGUUCAAGUGUCUUAAUAACCAACGGGUAUUAAUUUACCUGAAGAGACGAUACUGCAAACUCUGUGAGCGCUGCCUCACUAAUUGAAAAUAUUCCUGUUAAAAUCAACAUUAGCUGGUUUGUUGACGAGUUCUCAGGGAGCACAUUAAAACUGGAGAUUGUAUAAAGGGAGCUUUCAGUGCAACACAAAAAAACCUCAAAUAUGAUCAAGUUUAUUUGUCCAAUUUCUGGUCAGACUUUCACCUCCUCUUAAUAUCAGACAAAUUCACCUGUCAGGUCCAGAUGUGUCCUCUGAUUUCAAGAUAUUAUGAGCGGAUAUAAGGCAUGAGCUGUUUGUGAGGAGUGGAAAUAAGUAAGUAAAAGUUGUUUAAGGUUGCUUAAAUAAGAAAGAUUGUGCUCGCUGCAAUCACUUCUGUUUUUACUCAUGACAAGCAAUUCAGGCGUUCAUUUGUUCCUGUAGUUUCCUGAAAAUAUGAUGUCAUAUCCUGGCACGUGAAGUGAAUGUGACUAAUAUGAAUAAUAGGGAUGUAAGGAUAUAUCACAAGACGGAAAAAAAGCGAUACAGAUAAGGGUGGAUUAAAAUCUAUUCAACAAAAUUUGUAUAGAGAUAUUAUUUUUAAACAGAAGAAGGCGCUAUCUGCAUUUCACUCCACUUGUUCAACAUCAUUAAGUCUCUUGCUCUUGAGUUGAGCAUAACAGACAUGGCGGCAGCAGGUGAAGACCGAACAGUUCAGGAUGCACCUUUGUGUUUCAAGUCUGAGGUGCGGCAGCAUUUUAUCUUUCCCUGAUAUUCCUGAAGAAAAACAUGUAAAUUCCAAGCCAGGAGCAUAAACGCCAUGUUUGUUUAUUUAAAGAGAUUGACUGCAUUUGUUUUUAUAUUUAAUACUUUCAUUUGGGAAUUGUUCACUUUCCAUUUCUUUAUAAUUGUUCUGAAAUUUUCUGACAAGGUAUUUUUGUGCGGUCAUUUUUAAUUUUUUUGCAUGGUUCUGAAAAAAAGUGUGCAGUGGUUUUAUUUGAGUUACAACACCUUAAACAUGAAAAAGGAUGACUUUGUUUACAAAUAAAUAUAAGAGAAAAAUAUAUAUUGCAACUGUCCAUAUCUGAGAAUUGAAAUAAAAUAAUAUUAUUUCAAUUUUGAGUUGGGUUGAGCGUAAUCCUUACAUCCCUAAUGAAUAGGGAGGCGAUAUUUCGACUAGAAAUGAGGCAAAUACACUUUAUAACUUGACAGAUUUCUUGCACUAUGAAACGAUCACAGUGUGGCAACACGUUACUGUAAAUGAUACAUAGUCUGCGCUGAGGAUGCUUUAAAACUUUGUUUGAUCAGUGUUGGUGUAUAUUACCUGAUAAUUAUGUCUCUUUGCAUUUCCAGAACUCUUUGUGUUUUGUGUAUUUGAUUUUCCAAUCUUUAAACACAUUAAUUAUAUUCUUCAUUUUGCUUGAAAAUAAAGAUGCUGGCUAUCUUCAAUCUAAAUCCAAA